CUCUGUUAGCACAUGUGUGUGUUUGUUGUUCUGCUGAAUGUUUCUCCACUUGUGAAGUGUGUGUUGUGUGUUCAUAAUGCUGUUUUCUGUGAGGUUCAUCAGCGGGUUUGUGUUCGGCGCGGGUUCUGGAGUCGCAGCGCUCAAACUCUACUAUUAUGAAGAGCAGCAAACAUACACAGGCAGCUCGGUCCACCGUGUAAUCGGGCGUUUUGGUCUCCCCCAGAGCGGAGCUGAGAGUCGUUUCUACACCAAUCAUGUGCUGUCGUACGAUCAGACACACCGGACGCCACGUUGGGUCGCUGAACACCUGAGCUCCACACGCCUGCUUGGUGAAGCGAAUAGAAAGCGGUGUAAGUUCAGACCUGACCCGAGCGUUCCUGAACUCUUCACUGCACAUAAUGAGGAUUACCUGAAGAGCGGAUGGUCACGAGGACACAUGGCGCCCGCUGGAGACAGCAAGAGCUCUGAGCAGGCCAUGGCAGAGACUUUCUAUCUGUCCAACAUCGUCCCGCAGAACUACGAGAACAACGCCGGGUUCUGGAACAGGCUGGAGAUGUACUGUCGAGAGCUGACCGAGAGGUUUUCUGAUGUCUGGGUUGUUUCUGGGCCGUUGAUGAAGCCGCAAAUUACAGACGAUGGCAAGAAAACCGUCAGCUAUCAGCUGAUUGGUAAAGACGAGGUUGCGGUUCCCACUCAUCUCUAUAAGGUGAUUCUGGCUCAGAAAGACCCAUCCUCUGAUGCUUUGGCUGUGGGUGCGUUUGUGGUCCCCAACGCCCCCAUCGGCUUCCAGCACCAGCUGCAGGAGUUCCAGGUGAGCGUGUGUGAUCUGGAGCGUGAGUCUGGCCUGGUGUUUUUCCCAGCGCUGCAGAAACAGCAGCUCUCAGACCUGUGCGCUGUGGACUCCUGUCAGCUCAUGGACUUCAGACGCUUCAGUCUGUACAUCAGCAGCCGGAAGAUGCAGAGCGCCAACAACGUUAACAGGCUGGAGAAGAUCCUGGCGGAGCUGCAGGAGGCCGGAAUCACACCUGAUGAACACCUGAAGCAGAUCUACCAGCAGAGGAGGACAGAGCUGGAGAGAGCGCAGGAGCAGGACACUAACACACACACGUGAUGGGGUUUAGCUAGCUUUUUAUUUUUGAAAAUGUUUCAAAAUUAGAAAUAUAAAGUAAUAAAUAAAUACUUGGAGGUCUUGGACACCAUAUAUGUUUAUUUAUUUUAUUAUUUUUACUGUUAUUGUUACAUUAAUACUACUUUAUAGUCACCAAGUCUGAAAAACACCUUGUGUGUGUGUGUGUGUGUGUGUGUGUGUGUGUGUGUGUGUGUGUGUGUGUGUGUGUGUAUGUUUGAUUUGUGGUAUCUG